UUCUUGUAACGCAUUUCUCCUCUCAGUAACAGCGUGCUAACGUCAGUUUUUUGUUUGUUUUUUCCCCCAAGUUUAUGUUGUCAACAGAAGUCGCAGCCACGGAGCGUAAAAAGUGGAAGGUCAGGGAGGAUGACCGUGCACGCUUAUUUUUAAGUUCCUCGGUAAGUUUUUCACGGUUCCGGAUCAUUUGUGUAGGAAGAAGUUUUAUUGUCGGAGUAGCGAAGAACAAACGUGUGAACUGAAACAAAGUUUUCACAACUUUCAGGGUGCUUGAAAAAACGGCUUGUCAGGCUUUUAGAGACCGGCACCAGCGUGCGGAGCCAGAAUGAAUAUAAGAUGUUUAUCACUGCAACUAAGAGGAAAACAGUUCCUUCCUUCUCUGCUGUCACUGCUGACUAUAUGUGGCCUACUGGUCUAUGUCAAGCUUGGCUACAUCACCGAAUCAGAUAUGCAAAUACAUUCAAGCAGUCAGACUAUUCACAGGUACAGCAUUGACUGCUCAGCCAUAUAUGACAUGGACCCAGUGGAGGUGGGAAAAGCUCUGAAAAUCAGAAAACAAAACCUUGUGGAGAUAAAAGAUGAAAAUCUAACUUAUCUCGUAUCUAAUUGUACUUUGUACACCAAGUACAGAGGUUAUGAUGACGUGUGUGUCACAGAAGAGGAGAAAGACUUUCCUAUUGCUUAUUCUUUGGUUGUGCAUAAAUCUGCCUGGAUGGUAGAGAGACUCAUCAAAUCACUGUACUCACCCAGUAAUAUCUACUGUAUUCACUAUGAUCAAAAGUCCUCUGCUGAGUUCAUCUCAGCCAUGGAGGGUUUGGCCCAAUGUUUGCCCAAUGUCUUCAUCGCCAGCAAGCGAGAAACUGUCUAUUAUGCAAGCAUUAGCCGACUAAAGGCUGAUCUCAACUGUCUGUCUGACCUUUUGAGGUCAGAAGUCAAAUGGAAGUAUGUCAUCAACCUCUGUGGCCAAGACUUUCCCCUCAAGUCCAAUAUGGAGCUGGUGUCAGAACUAAAGAAGCUAAAUGGCAGGAACAUGUUAGAGACAAGCCGGCCCACAGCUAUUAAGAAACAAAGGUUCACUUUUCACCACGAGCUGAACGAUGCCAGCUUUGACUAUCAAAAAGUGCCGGUGAAAACGUGGAAGACAAAGACCUCGCCACCGCACGAUAUCGAGGUAUUCUCUGGUAAUGCCUACUUUGUACUGUCCAGGGACUUCAUCGAGCAUUUGGAUAAAUCUGCUGUAGUGAAAGAUUUUUUGGCCUGGUCAGAGGACACCUACUCCCCAGAUGAACACUUUUGGGCCACACUUGUGCGACUGCCCGGCAUCCCUGGAGAGGUACCUAGAUCUGAGCCUGAUAUCACAGACCUGAUGAGUAAAACCAGGCUAGUGAAGUGGCAGUACCUGGAGGGGAACCUGUACCCACCGUGCACAGGGGCACAUGUUCGCAGUGUUUGUAUUUAUGGUACUGCAGAAAUGAAUUGGUUGCUGAAUUAUGGCCACUGGUUUGCCAAUAAGUUUGACCCCAAAGUGGAUCCUGUGGUCAUUCAGUGCCUUGAAGAGAAGUUGAAGGAAAAGCAGAAGUCAUUCCAGUCAGUGGCUCCUUGUCAUAAAGGUUAACUGAAAGCUAAAAUUAGCAUGGGAUUAAUCAGGUAUAAAUGUUUUUUUUAAUCAUUUCUGUUUUCGAAUUUGCUGCUAUCUGUUAUAGUUAGUUAUCUUUGGAGUUACAAAUCAAGAUGAAGUUAUCACGGGUUAUAAGUAAUGGUGAAAGGCCUUUUAGAAACCAAAAAUGUAAAUGUAAGUGGAAAAAUAAUAUGCAGAUUUAAGAUAUGAAAAUUGCAUUUGGGCCACUCCACAUUAAACUGUACCCGUGUGAAAUUUCAAAGAGCAGCACAAUUUUUUCCAUACUUUGCUCUGACGUCCUAGUUGCAUCCACGCAGCUACGUCAGGUUCAGCUGACAUUUUAUAGAGCUGCCAAUAUGUUGAAGUGACUUGAAUUAUCUUUUGUUACUAAUGUGUCAUUUGGGGAUAAACCUUUCCAGCUAUAAUGAUUAGUCCAUUAUUUAUCACCUGUUUGUACAGUUUUGUGUGGAGUGAUGCAUUUACAGCUCUGUGGAAUCAGCACUGUCCUAGUUAAAGGAAAGGCCUCUCUGAGGUGCAUUCUCGUGCAUAGAGUUGUGUGUCAAUAAUUUUGAUAACUUUGAGUUUAUAUGUUUAGGCUUUAAGAGAUUUGUCUCUUUCUAUCUUCAAUGCAAAGUCCGAUUUAAAAAAAAAAAAAAAUUCCAAGAGCAACACAUCGUUCCAGAAAGUCUUCUGUGACUGAUUGCAAAGUUUACGCUGGCAUCUAAAAUGUUCUGAUACUGAAAGAAAACAUAUUUUCUUACUCGGUGUAGGGGGAAAAAACAGGUAUUUGUCUGAAUGACUCUUUAAUAACAGGUAAUUAGACUGUAAUGAGUGCUUACAUUUAAGACCUAACUUGCUCUUACCUGUUUCUGACUAUUUCCAGUU